AUGCAAGAAAUAGCGAAGGUAACAGAUGAAAAAAUAGUACCCAUAGCGAAUAAUUCAGAACAAUAUAUUACUUUCUCGUUCGGACAGCUUCAAUUUAUAGAUAGUAUGAAAUUUUCCUUACCUGGUUUAGCUAAGAUAGCAGAAAACUUAUGUGAUGAAAAGAAGGGCCAAACUAAAACACCAGAAAAACUCGCAAAAUGUUUUCCAAUUAUGUCAAAAUUCAUCUCACCUCAUUUAUUAUCAUUAAUGAGACACGACUACCACCAC